AUGUCAUUCACGAGCCUCCCCGCAGAGCUACAUCUACUGAUAGCUACCCACCUCCCCCCGCACUCCCUUCUCUCCGUAACUCUCACCUGCCGCCGCUACCACUCUCUCUACCUCCCCCGCCUCCUCGCGCUCACCCACGACCCCAAAGGUAACCUCCCCGCCCUCCACUGGUCCAUUGUCCGCAACUACCCCCUCCUCACAAAAUACCUCCUCGCCACAAAACCAACCCUCAUCAACACCACCACCUCUGACGGCUGGACCCCGCUCCACUACGCCGCCGCCCAGGGCCUCCCUGCAGCCAUCAUCCUCCUCCUCGACCACGGCGCCGACCCAAAGCAGCGCGACUAUAUUGGCGCCGCCCCACUCGACCACGCACCCUCCUUUGCGCCCCAGGACCGCUUCGACGACCUCCGCCGCUUCCCGUCCUACCAGUCUUGCGGCGACCGCAAGCCAGUGGACCGCUGGCAUAUUUGGCACGGCGAGCAGGCGUACGAAGAGAUUGCGCGGCGUCUGCUGGCCGUGGGCGCAAAGGUCGAUAACCAGGACCUUUUUGGGCGGACGGCACUGUUCUGGGCGGCGCGGGGGGGUGUGUGGGGCAUUGCGAGGGCGCUGGUGGAGGCGGGGGCGGAUGUGAAUCUUGCGACGAGGGAUGGGGAGACGGCGUUGAUGGCAGCGGUGUGUGGGUGUAGGGAUGGGGUGGAGGAGGAGGAGCGGGUAAAGAUUGUGGAGAUGUUGGUGGCGGCCGGCGCGGACUUGGAGGUGGUAAAUGGCGCGGGGGGAGAGGUGUUUGAGAUGGCGAUGAGGGCCGGGGCGAGGAAGGUUAUGAGGUUGUUGGUGGGUGCUAGGGAGGGGGUGGAUGAGGAAUGGACGGAUGAGGAGAUUGUAGCGUCGGGAAGGUAG